UAUAGUCUAAUAAGAAUAUAUUGUAUCAGUAAUAUUCAGUACGAACGCAAUUACUGCAGUGAACAUUUUGAUCCUACAAAUUCAGGUAUGUUUUUAUAAAACUUUUCACAUUACUGCAUGUAUUAAAAAUAGGUAUCCAUAUAAUUAUUGAUUUCUUAGGGACCGGUCAUUAUUUAUGGUGGGGGGUGGCACCGAAGAGAAAUGUUUUUCGUGGCAAAUAUUUUGCUGACCAAACCAUUACAAAGUCAAAAAUUUGAUUACCCAACCUCAAAUAUCAAUUAAAAAAUAAAUACCCACCCCUGGCCAAAAACUUUACAAACGGAUACCAUUCAGUUGUCACACAUGUCCUUUACCACUUCUACGACAUGAUUUUGAUAACUGCUUGUGAAAUUUGCUGGCGUCUAAAGUUUCGUGUUGCCUGCACAUGUAUUUUCUUUGGAGACAGUACCAUUUGUCUCCCAACAAAUCGGAAAAUGAUCAAGACAGUGACUCUGAUUGAUUCACAUAUUGUAUAUAUGACUGUUCACAUUGCUUUUUAGUCUCCAACAUUUCGGUGAGUCGUGCUUUGGAAAUGACAAUACAUUUUUAUUACCCAACUCUUGAGUUGUUUUCUUUUUCAUUUACCCAACCUUUUCCUUACUCAAAAUUUUGUUUACCCAACCCUUUUCUCUUCGGUGCCACCCCCCUGCCAUAAAUAAUAACCAGUCCCUUAAACAUAGAUGUUAUUGAAAAAUAACUGGAGAAUUUUGUCAGCGGCCACUGCCUUGCAUGCGAUCUUGGGGCAUGGGCACUUGUGAAGGACAACAGCAAUGGAUUUAUUUAGGAUUUUGAAGCUGACAAGCUUUCAAAAUGGUGCAAUGAGAUAAUUUUAAAUUACUGCGGUUUCAGUUAUAAGCGUAUAAUUAAAUAUGAUAUAACUGCACGGUCUAGUGGGCCCACCAGGUACUCAUCAGGUGUUCUUUCAUUGAAAUGACAGAAAAACAAUUGAAACACUGUACUGAAAUUUUUUAACAAUGAACUAAAUAUAGUCUAACAAGAAUAUAUUGUAUCAGUAAUAUUCAGUACGAACGCAAUUAUUGCAGUGGACAUUUUGAUCCUACAAAUUCAGGUAUAUGUUUUUAUAAAACUUUUCACAUUACUGUAUUAAAAAUAGGUAACCAUGAUUAUUGAUUUCUUAAACAUAGAUGUUAUUAAAAAUAACUUGAGAAUUUUUGUCGGCGGCCUCUUGUGGAUUAUUUUCAAUGUUUCUUCCAGAGGCGUCGUCAGAAUCCAUAUUUACUGAGGCGAAGGUUUCUAUUAUUAUAGUUCGUCUUCACAGACGGUCUUUCUCAACUGUAAAUCGCGCAAUUAAUGUUAAUUAGCCUUUUUCACAGCGGAUUUUCCCGCCAUUUUUGGGGUACUGCCUCUCCCACGUUAGAGAGUCUCCGCACCAGGAAAUACAACUUUUUAGUAUUGUAGUUUUUGUAUAAUAGUAAAUUCACAGUUACACUUUUAAAAGUGACUCAUCUCGUUGUGUGAAUUGUCUAGAAUCUUUCACGAGGGCAGACAGUGCCCCAAAAAGGGGGAAUUUUGGCCUUCGUGAGAAAUUGAGAAAACUUAAUUGGUGCGCUUGAAUGUUUGAAUUUUUCACAGGAUAUUUGUUUAAUUCUCGUCAAAUUGUGAAGAAUGAAAGUUUUGUUGCCUUUCGUUUGUGUCGUUCUGUUCGUUGCGUUCACGACAGCAGACUCUGUGGAAGGUUCGUAUCAUCCUUCAUACAAACUUGAAUAUCAAUGAUUUUCAAUGAAAUUCACGCUCAGGGUUUUCAUACUGGUUAGCUCAAUCAGUUUUGAACUAUUCUUCGGAGAAGUCAGGCCAAUAAAGACGAUAUCUUGAGUGAAAUUUGAAGUGCUUGGAAUCGAAGCCAGUUACACAUUGUAGUACUGCCCCUUACCGCUGAGCUAAUCCUGCUACUGUUGGUCGAGACUUGGGGGUUUCUUUAUAGGUUAGGGGACUGUGCUUCGAGGGUUUUUCUUCGAGUUUUUUCCACUAAAAACAAGAUCUUAGAUCUUAGCCUUUGUCAAGCAGGUAACCAGAUCCUGUGUAAUCAAUAUAAAGCAACGCAUUAUCAACAAUAAUUAAAUGACUCAUUAUCUUUAAAGAUUCAGCUGAUGGCACGGAGUUAUCUCUUGAAAAACGUCAAACAUGCCCCACGUUGACUUUGCCGUGUCCUAAUAUGCUAGCUCUUUGUGCGAACAUUCGGCAGGCCAUUAAUGACGGCAAACCAACACUUCUACAUCGCAUCACGAACUUAUCAGCCAUAAAAAAGAACAAACGUCUCUCUCAAUGUGGAGGAGUGGCUGCAGAUGGGGCGUGUACCCGGUAUCCCUUUGCUAUGACCAGAGAAGGUACGAAGUAUAUGCUUUAAAGAGGGGUCCGCCCAGGAGAGGCGACCCGUGAUUCACAGGUUUCUUUAUUAGAAUAGUGACCAUGUUGGAGAGGUGUCCUCAUGGAGAGAUGCCCGUAUUAGAGAGGUUUCUGUAUUAGAGAGAGGCGUCCGAAUGAAAGGGGUGUCUGGAUUAGAGAGGUGUUCAUUAGAGAGGUGUCCGUAUUAGAGAGAUAUCCGUAUUGGAAAGGUACCCAAACUAAAAAGCUUUCUGUAUCUGUAUUAGAUGGUGAAGUCUCCAUAUAAGAAAGGUAUCUGGAUAACAGAGAUGUGUCAGUAUCAGGGGGGGGUGUACAUAUUAGAAAUAUAUGUCUAUAUUAGAGAGAUGUCCGUAGUGAAGAGACGACGUAUUAGAAAUGUGUGUCUGUAUUAAAGCAGUACCCGUAUUAGAGAGAUGUCUGUAUUAGAGAGAUGUCUGUGUUAGAGUGGUGUUCGUAUGUAUUAGAUGGAGAAGUCGUAUAAGAAAGGUGUCAGUAUCAGAAGGGUGUACGUACUAGAAAGUUGUCUGUAUCAGGGAGAUGUCCGCAGUGAAGAGACGAAUGUAUUAGAAAGUCGUGCGUAUUUGAGUGGAUCCGUAUUCUUUAUUAUUACUUUUGGUAUUCAGCCUUACAGAGUCGUUCUUAAACAUGAACAUUUUCUUCAUUUUUCUAGGUGGAACAGGUGCUGCUACAACGCGUGUCCCACAGGGUGAAAAUGGUUUUCUACGUACUGCAGUGUUCACUUUUUACGAAACAAAUUCGAUUGGUAAUGGUGGCUGUUUCAAUGUCGUACUUGGUAAAUAAAUCUUCAUUUAGGCCUUCCUUAAAUCACCUAUCACUCGCUUUGUAUUGUCUUAUCUCACAACACUUACUGUUUUAUGGACUAUUUACAACACGGAUGGACGCAAAUGUUGUAAAUGGCCUGAUGAGAACAUCCAGUGCGUAUUGUUCAACAAUUUAAAACAAAUGAAUGAUAUUUAGUGAGAAAUUUGAACUUAAAGAUUACGUAAAUCAGCAUGAUUUUGUAUCAGAUAUUCACACUCCUUCACGCUCAUCAUUUCUUUCAUGAAUUAUUAAUGAAUUUCACAACUUUCGUUAAAAUACAUUUCAACUUUCUACCACAUUUUACAGUCGGGGAAUAUUCCCCGAUAAUCACCGAGCCUGAGGCGAAUAAUUGUUUUAGCAUUUUUACACAAGUCUUUUGUGUUUUUUGGGACUGAAUUUAUUUUAAUUUUGCUUAUUUCUUUAUCAGUAACUUCCACAAAACGGCUAGCCGCAAUUUUGCAAAUUUUGGUUGUCGUAUUCACCUGUAGGUGAAUAUAACAGCUUAAUAAGUCAAAUUUGACCUGUAGGUGAAUAUAACAGCUUAAUACGUCUAAUUUGACCAAUCAACUUGUAGAAUUUGUUAUAUUCACUUGUGCAAAAAUACUAAUUCAAGUUAAUGUUGUACUUGUAGAAUUUUCUUUUCUUGAGGAGCGAAAUAGAACCGGUACCGUUUUUAAAUGAAAUAAACAUAAAGUUUUGUCCUUUUUAACACUUGGGGAAACAACAAAUUUUGAAGUUGUUGGGAGUAAAUUUUGUAAAUUUUUGCGACAGUGCGUUUCCAAGAGUAAGAUUCAAGGAACAUCGAAAUUUAAUGUUUCCUUGACAAAGUUUCCUAAUUUGAAGGGUGUUUUUUCGAAUGCCGUCAUUUUAACUUUAAUCGCCCACUAAAAGCCGAGGAGAAUAUAUUCGUCCGCCUGUUUUGUCAAUACGGCAUCAGACGGACUAGCAAAAGAAUAUCAGGCAGGAUUAGUUCACAAAAUGGAAGAACCAUUGCCACUAUUCUGUCUGGUUCGUCGAUAGUAAGCAACUCAUCAACGAUAAUUAAGUGACUCGUUAUAUUUAUGUUCAGAGUCUCACUGUCUCCUCCGCAGGCCUUUCUAUAUAUAGAUUAAAUUUAAAUAUCCGUAAUGUAGAGAUCAGUGGCGUGCAUUGCAAGCCCGAUAAAGACGCACGCCUCAGGCGCACGCCCGCAACUAAGGACGAGGGCGAAAAGGAAAAUGGAAAGACGAGAAAUUCCUCCCCUUCCCACUUAUCCGCGCUUCCAUUAAUUAUUCGAUUUCCUCAUUAAUUAUUCUAAUUAUUCAUUUCCCUCUUAAUUUUCGUUUUUUCAUAAUUAUUUGUUAGGAACAUGGCCCAUUGAACGAGAAAUCGGCAAAGUGUAAUAAAUGUGCCCAGUAUCCCUUUGCUACAACCGAACAAGGUCAGCAGAGGCGACCCGUGAUUCACAGGUUUCUUUAUUGGAUAGGAUAGAUGGAUAGAUGAUUUAAUAGUUAAACUCGCAGCCUUGGUAAUAACCUUUGGCUGAAUAACGUUAUGUUUUACAACAGUAGAUUAAAAAAGUUAAUAAAAGUAUUUACCUAUGUAUUUACAUGGAUUAAAACACAUUAAAUAUUUUACAUAUAUUCUAUAUGUUUAC